GAAGUAUCCAUAUUACUAAACCGACAUGGCAAGAUUAUCAUUCUCAUGCAUUGCAUUUUAUUUCAUAUUUAUAAUUAUUGUACUUCUAGAAGAAGGAACUGUCUGUACUGUCGUAUUUCAGCCUAAAUUUAUUCUGGCAGCUGGUCCGAAAAUAUCAGCGUUUCUGGUUGGAAACAUCUCUGGUGUUUCUUUAACUCUCAGUUCCGUUUCACCCUUAAUUGCAACAGGUAGCCUUCCACCACCAUCCUGUAUUCCAGUUUCUCAAACACAUUGGAAUCUCUCAACUGAGUUAAUUGGGAAGAGUGCUCUUCUGGUGCGAGUGAAUCUGAACCGCAGUUUGGAGCUGUGUGGUAACGAAACAUCUCAAGACUGCUGCCCGGAGUCUCUGUGUGUGCAGGAGACGCUCUUUGUGUCUGCAUGUGCAGAUGACUCCCUCGAAACAUCACUCAUCGUACAGACACAGAUUUAUGCCCAGAUCGUCCCCAGCAAACCCCUGUCCGAAAACCUGACGGUCAUUCCUAACCAAGUGUUCCAGCCUCUUGGUCGGUGCCCAUGUGAUGUUUCUCCCGACACGUGUGAUAUACGCUGUUGCUGUGACCCGAGCUGCACCCAAGAGAUGCUGGGACUGUUUUCUAAUCAGUGUCUUCCUGGACCCUUUGGAGGAAGUAACAGUCCUGUUCCCGACUAUCAGUGCUUAGCUCAGUCCUCUGAAAAUGACCCCGACUGGUUCCCCUUCCUCUGUGUCGUCUCGCCCUCUGACAACAACCCUUUUCUGGGACUUUUUUACAAUGGAGGAACAGUCUCUCCAAAGCCUCGCCCAUCCUUCCAAAUUCAGCAGGUGACAGCACCUGUACCUCCUAUUAACUACCGCCAGGGGGAUCCAAUCUUCACCGAAGCUGAUGGGUACUUAACUAUCCCACAGAACUCGGGAUUGGGUCAGUGUGUGGAAAAUGCUCCGGUGGCAUUUUUAGACAACUUUGAGUCUCGAUGUGUGACAAGGCUGCAAUUCUGUCCAUCACAGUCAGACAACCUGAGGGUCAAGGUUAAAGAUGGACGUGGAGGUGUCUUAACAGUAAACGUUGUGGAUGAGGUGGCCAGUGACCUUAGCUUAUUUCUGUCUGAUUCUUCUGAGACACUACCUGGCUCACAGCAGACGGAUGAGCAGCAGUCGUGUUUUCUUGUUCUUUCCUUGCGUUACACUUUUUACUGGAGAGAGAAUGGCCUUACUGGGAUCACUGUGUUACGGACCACCGCAAACAUCUCUACUGGUCCCGCUGUAUCUUUCACUAGCAGACACUCGGCUGUGUUCGUGAAUGGAAAUGAAACAUCUCAGCCAUACUCUGGCAAUCCAGGUUAUCAGGUUAAGAGAUCUGUGAUCGGUGGCAUUCUGGACUCUGAAACAGGUUUUAUACAGAGAGCUCAGAUCAAUCUCUGGCAGCCAGGUGGAGAAGGCCUGUGCUCUUCUGCUAACCUGCGACCAGUUUUGUUUGGAAUCAACUCCACAUCAGGCUGUCUGAUUUCUGCGAGUUUGCUGAACUUCACGCAGUGCAGUCAGCUCAGAGAAACAGUUCGUACUGCGUUGGGUGGAUUAGUGACUUCUACUCUGGUCUCCAGAACGGGAAAGCCAGACUUUAAAAACAUAACAGACUGGGUAAACAUUACUUUUUUCCAGAAGAACUCCAGUCAGCCAGCAGAGAGCAGCAGGGGUGUGUGCGCCGGUGUUCCAACUCACCUUCAUGUCAACAUCAGGACCGUCAUCAGGGGCAGCAUGCAGGGUGUCCCUCAAAAAAUCAUUCAGGCAGUAGAGAUCAGUUUUAGAGAAACUACAUGGAGGAUUGAGUGUGACGUGGGCGGUCCAAACCCCUGUUUGGACGCAGAGGUGAUGCAGAAUUUUGCCGUCACCUCGUCUGUGACUUUUACCGAAUAUUCUCUUAGUUCCCAGCCCCCUAGAUCCAGGUUCAGUAUUAACUUCACAGAGUUCGAUUGUGACAGGAAUGAUGUGUGCUGGAAUGAGUUGGCGUUUCCUCUUACCAGAUACUACACUGGUGAGCCAUAUUCCCAGGCUUUGGCUAAAGGACUCAUUCUAGUCUUCUUCUUCAUAGUUGCAUCUGUUUUAGGAACGCCAUGGAGUCAAAUUAGACAGGCAUGGAGAAAUGCCUCACUCUGAGAGACAUACAAGCAACACGACUGAUGCACAAUGUGUGUGUGAGAAAUGUCUGUCGGGUCUGUUCAACCCAAGACUCAUUGGGAGAGAUGAGAAGAAUUGGUCAGCUAGUGGAGUUUAUCACAAUACGUAUGAAUGUUUUGUCAAUCAGCAGGGCUUUGUUCUUGUAUUGUAAAUAGCUGUAAAUAAAAGAUUUUAACUUCACGUUGGAAUAGUUAAUGUGAUUAAAUAUUUAUUGUGUUUUGGGAACAUUUUUUGUACUUUUUUAUUGGAUUGUAAAUAAUAAAACAUAUUUUUAUACGCAA